ACUUGAUUUACGCAGCACUGGAGCUUUAACCCUUUGUCGGAAUCGGCCAAUCAGUUUCUCUGAGAAUGAAAGCUGCAACACUUGUUUCACUAGAGAGAAACUAGCUGAGAAAGAAGGGGGAGAGAGCGAGAGAUGCAGAGAAAGGGGGGAGGCAACGAGAGCGGCGAAAUAGCAAAGGGCAGAUGAGGAGAAGAAGGGAGGGAGAAAUCUCCGAAUGUCUGUCUCCUGGUUCCAUAUUAAGUGAACUCGUAGCGUUUCACAGAUAAUGUCCGAGAAUGUCGAUUUCGGGGACUUUGAGCAACUAUUACGUGGACUCCAUCAUAAGUCAAGACAGCGAUGAACUCACAACCCCAGCUCAUUUUCCCAGCGUCCAAUAUUCCGGCUCAAGCUCUCCCGCUGCAGCGGCUGGUAGACAGGCUAGCUCCGCCGCACCGUCGGAGCAUCCGCUCUCCGACUCAUAUCCAUCCUGCAGCUUCCAGCCGAAGCCUCAGGUCUUCUCAUCGCCCUGGAGCCCAUUCAGUCCGCAUCACCAUGUUGCGAGCGGUCUUCCGACGGUUUACCACCCUUACCUACAGACGCAACACCUCCCUUCCGCGGACAAUCGUUACCUCCGCUCAUGGCUGGAAUGCGCACCUCGAGGCUCCAACGGUUUACUGGGCCAUCAGGCUCAGACCGGCCAUGUCAAACUGGAGCCUCAGAUCGGCCAUCUAGGCGUGGAAACCCCUCCCAAAAUGCAAUUGGAAGAAACUACAUACGUCCUGGAGUCCACAACCGCCUCAACACCAGCCGCCAUCCCCUGUGUGGGUUUCGGAGAAAAUAACGACUCUUGCGAAGUAAGCGAAGACAAAGAGGCACCAGAUCAAAAUGACCCCUCUACCAACUGGUUACAUGCGCGCUCCUCCAGGAAGAAGAGGUGCCCGUAUACAAAAUAUCAGACGCUGGAGCUAGAGAAGGAAUUCCUAUUCAACAUGUACCUGACGCGCGACCGGCGUCAUGAAGUGGCCAGAGCACUUAACCUCACCGAGAGACAGGUCAAGAUCUGGUUCCAAAACCGGAGGAUGAAAAUGAAAAAGCAGAGCAAGGAUCAACCCAAGGAUUAAUGUAAUUUGCACGAGCGUGUGCAUGCAUUUAAACUACCAUACAGGCCGACUUGGUACAACACAGUCAAUGCUUUACGGUUAGUAAACUCUGUUAACAGUUCAGUGAAAAAUAAAUAUUUGGAUUCCUUUUAACACAAUUACUGGAGCAAAAAGCAUCCAUCUACUACUUGGGUUAGUUUGACCAGGGUUAUUCAUUUGGUCCAUUUGGGUUAAAUGAGAAACCCAAAGUGGAUAAAUUAAAAUAACCUGACGUUACAGUAAAGACCAAAUUUUACUGGUGGUGAAAUUAUGCUUUAAAAUACAACCAAACAUUUCGAUACAAUAUACUGACUACAAUGUAGGUGUAGUGAAAAAGAGCUUAUUGAACAAAGAUCUGUGGAAAAGAGGUGAAAUGGUGCUUCGCUGACAAUUAGAGUUUCAAACCACUUCAUCCAUCCUCGACCAAUUUUAAAAACGGCUUCAAAAUAAAUGCUAAAAUUGAAAAAAUAUGUUAUGUACAACUGGAUGUCAGUAUGUACUCUGUAGAUGUGUCUUGGUUGCUCACCAUACAGGUUCUUCAGAGCUCCACAUGUGUGGUAGUAUCUAAUUAGUUAUCUCCAAAACUUAACAACGGGUUCAUUAGACCCAUCAAUUUGAUGACUCUUUAAAACAUAAUCCAAGCAAUAUGACCUACUCAAAAUAACCCAGGAACUGGGUGAACAUACAGUUUUAGCCUUAUAACCCCCCAAAAAUGGUCAAUUUGACCCAACAAUUUGGUUAUUCUCAGAAAUUGGCCCAAUCAAUAUGACCUGCUCAAAAUAACCCAGGAAUUUGGUUAACAUAAAGUAUUAGCCAUAUAACCCACUAUAUAGUUUAUUUGACCAAACAAUAUGGUUACUGUCAGAAAAAGAACCCAGAAAUUUGACCCAAUGCAAAUACCCCAGGAACUAGGUUAAUGGAAUAAGCCAACUGUUUUUAGAGUGUAACAUGACAUGCAACCUCAAAGGAAGUAAUACAACAUGUCUGCUGAUUCCUUUCAGUUUGACUUCCCUUCAUGAUCAUCUGUUCAACCUAUGUUUUACAGAAUAUCAAGACUGUAAAUCUCAAAACUUUGAACUGUGAUAAUUCUGGAAAUUAACGGGUACAGCACGUCCACACGGAAAGUCAUUUGUUUUGGACUUUGAUAGAAUAUGACGCCUCCAUGCACUUUUGGUAUUUACUGUUGUGUCAAUUCGCAUCAAGGAGCAUGAAAUGCGUGACACACCCUAAUGCGAGUGUCUAUCUUUUGCAUGGGGCUUUUCUUUUUCUAAUAAUUCAAUUAGAAUGGACCAGAUAGCACACAUUGAUACGUAAUCUCCUUUUACUCCUUCCAACAGAUUUUGUGUUAUAUCUACCUACACAUAGAUAGCUAAAAAGCUGUUGUAAAUUUAAUAUUAUCGACCCAUUCUUGAUCCACUGUGUCAAGGCACUCAUUUACAUUAAUGAUAAAUUAUUGACGUUUCAUUUGUCGGAAAAUGUAGACUUGAAAAAAUCUCUUUGUGAGCCACAGAGGUGAUGUGCCUGUCUUUGGUCUUCCCAAGCCAAAUACAAGGACUGUUAUGUUUUGGGGCUAUCUUGAAAAGGAGACGCUGAUUUCACAUUGUUGUACAAACAAAGCACACAUGGAAAUAGAUCAAAUAAUCUUUAUUCAUUGUCACGGUUGCAUUUUAAUAAAGGCGCUCUAUUUUUAUACACUAAAUAGGUUACAUCUGCUAUGCAAGUAAUUUCAAAACACAACAUCAGACUGAAGAAAGGGUCAAUACAUUUACAGAAUAUUUUUCAAUUGCCUCACUAAUAUUAUUUUUCUGAUCAUGUCAUGUUUGGGUCUGUAUGAAUUAACAUCAUUCUAGCAAAUAUACACCGGUUUUAUUGAUCUGAGAGCUGAUGUUAGAAGGUCAUCUUCUUUUAUGAUAUUUCAAGAGUCAUUGUAUUUAAUUGCUGUUUGGUGGCAGUUUUAUGGAUGAACCAUAAACAAAACAUUGCGGCAUUGAAGACAAGCCUCUUCUUUACAAAGACAACCACUCUAUAUGGACACUUGAUGCACAGCAUUACAUCCUACUUCAGGUUUAAAUGCUUACAUUAUUUAUGCAUGGUUCAAAUUGCUCUUAUAUUUCAUCAACUCUUUGGGAAUGGUGGAAUUUCGAGAGGAAAAUGCUUGCAAAAGAUUUACCGUAUUAAAAUUGUUUAAGAAUGUGAUUGUCUAAUUUAUUGUACAUAAUGUAAGUAACUUCUCUUUUUGAGAAUGAGUCAAAUCAUCUAAAUUUAUCCCCUUGAGAAACCGAAUCCUAAUUUCCUCUUCAAAUUGUCAAAAUGUUUUUUUUUUUCAAUGUAUUUAUUUUUUUCUCUUCUCGAGUCAGUCAUGCUUCUGCAUGAUGUUAUUGCAAUUCGGGCACUGAAAAGACAGUUUCACUGACAUAAAACAUUUAUUUACUGGAAUCUAAACCAUACUUUCAAUUGUUGUCUCCCCUUUAACAAUGUAUCAUAUUUACACUGCUAUGAUUAAAAGAUAAUGUUUAAAUUUUUUGAUAAAUAUGGUUUCCACCACAAUUGUUUUCAAUGGGCAAAUGCAAGCUACGAUUAUUUAACAAGCAUC